AUGACGCAAGUAUCGGCGAGCACGGAGGGUGCGAGAAUGGAUUAUCAUGAAGCAUCGAUCCUGCAACUGUGCGGACAGCUCUUGCUCCGAGUCACGGUGACGAGACCGUUCUUCCUCCAAUUUCCAGUUGUGGUAUCGCGCUACCAGCGAUACUUUCCGCGGCUGCCGAUCAGCACGAUCGCGAUAGUGCGUAGAGAUAUCCACCGUUCACAUGCAUGCCGUGCUCCGUAUAUCAAAACCUGGUCCGAGGAUGAUGCCGGAUGUCCAUAUUGGGAGGCUGCAUGUGGCCCCAGCGACAAGACAGAAGCAGUGCUGCGUGUGCAAGCUCGAAAGGAUCAAUCAGCAACCUGCGAUGACGCCGCUCACUCCAUUGCGACCGGUGAUAUCCAGAGGCUGUCACUGUGGAAAAAUAUUCCACUCGAAACUUACGCGGGCUCAUCGUCGCUGAUCCGACAAGCAAAAGUGCCACCAAGAAGGCAUGCAUACCGCAGUCCGCAACGGCUGCGCCCACUUGACGGUACAUCGCUGCUCUGCCUCCGUCAAGUCCGAGCUUCGCGGCAGGAAGACUCAGGAAAGGUUCUUACAUGGACGCUGCGGCGGAGGUGGUCCGCCUCAGGGGCUUUGCCUAGAUUGAAGCACGUUGACAAAAAAGUGCGACGGACCAUCUAUACCAGUCAUGGCUCGUCGUCGCAAGGGUUAAAUCGGACAUCGUGGCGCGAUCGUCUCCUUCCCUUUGUAGUCGAUGAGUACGUCGGCUACGUCACCCAGAUUGCUCGCAAAGGCAGCAGACGAAGCUUCCAGGAUGAUCCGUUGUACCUCGGAAGGUCGAUAGCAUCUCAACAUGCAUACGCUCCCCGAUACAAGCGGUGCCACGCAGCAUCCUGCGUUGCAGCCUGGAGAAAAGGAGGUCACGUAAACACCGGCGGAGAGGGUCACAAGAGCCCGCGCCUGAGAGACUCGCCAUCUCGAAGACAGAUCUGCUGCUUCAGUUUGACCUCGGGCAACAGACAGCCGGAUAGACACAGAACGUCGCGAACACAACACAUCGCAUCGCGUCGCCAGGAGCGUUCACGACAACAGCAGCGUGAGUGGGAACCUGAACAGGUACAGACCAAUGAGCGCGUGCGAGCGAGCCGCACGGUGCUGAGUCACUGGUUCACUGGGGUAUUUGGCUGUCUGCAACAUGGCUUCAGAAAGCGGUGGGAAAAUCGCCUCCAAUGA